GCCAAGCCAGGGACGGCAAUGGAGAGCAACAUCAGCACCUGCGCCAUCUGCAAUGGCGACAUGCGCCGUGGCGUCGGCGGCAGCAGCUUCACGGCCGACUGCUCCCACCAAUUUCACUUCCGAUGCGUCCUCGCGAGCAGCACCAGUCAGGCCUGCCCGCUCUGCAGCGCGCGCUGCCGCGAGCUGCCGUCCUUCCGCUCCUCCAAGAGCACGCCGCCGCCACCAGCGUCGCGCGUGCCAGCUCAGCCCUUCUUCCGGCCCAAGGAGCCGCGCGUGUUCGACGAUGACGACCCGCUGGUCCGAGCGCCUCGGCCUCUCGGCGACCGACACCAUAGCGCAGCAGGCUCAACGUCGUCCAGCGGUACUCGUCUCUCCCGCGGGACCAACAUCGGCGCCGCGCUCCGGAAGGCCGCCAAGGUGCUCGAUGACCGCCUCCACCGGAACGCCGUCGCGAGCGUGAUACUCCUGUCGGAUGGGCAGGACACGUACACGGUGCCCAGGCGCGGCCAGGUCGCCGACUACGACGCGCUCGUGCCGCCUUCCUUCGCGUACACCGGCGACGGCUACCGGUCCGCGCCGGUCCACACCUUCGGGUUCGGCACCGACCACGACGCGGCGGCCAUGCACACCAUCGCCGAGGCCACGGGCGGCACCUUCUCCUUCAUCGAGAACGAGGCGGACAUCCAGGACGCCUUCGCGCAGUGCAUCGGCGGCCUUCUCUCCGUCGCCGUGCAGGAACUGCGCGUCCACGUCGCGUGCGCGAACACGGGCGUCCGGGUGCGGUCGGUCGACAUUGGCGGCGGCAGGGGCGGCCAUGGCGUCGGCAUUCCGUCGAGCACCUCGUGUGCAGCGUCGACGGGUGGUGUGCGGCGGCGUUGCACGGAUGGCGACGGCCUCCAGCAGGGGAACGGCGGCAUGGCGCGCAGCGGCGGCGCCACGGACUCGCGCGGUGGCGGCGGAUCGGCGGCGGGCAACGGCGCCGGAGAAGGGGAGGGAGGCGACGGGGGCAGCGCACUACAUACCUGCGCCGGAGACGGGGACGGGGCGACGGGGCGCGCGCGGAGAGGGAGCGGCGCGUGGACGAAGGCGAUGGUGACGGCGAUGGACUGCUGCGGCGUGGCGAGGAUCACGGCGACGGCGUGGCGAGGUUCGUACGGCGACGGCGUGGCGAGGUUGCGCGCGUCUCGCGUGUGUGAGAAACAGAGGAUUUGGGGGAAAUUUUGCCCGCGCGGCUAA